UGUCGCCCCCUCGUUGUUACUGGUGAAAUAAUCGGCUCGAGGCUUUGCGUCACGCACGAAGGUGACGGUUGAAGAGGCAGGGAGUCGCGAGCGCCGCUGACAGCCCACACCGCAGCUCGAGCCGUUACAGCCCCGAGUCACGCGCUCCGGUAUGGCGGCGUCUCAUUAAAAACACAUAGAGACACUGCGCCGUCCUUCAGCGCCACUCCGAGCUCUGGUUUACACCGGAAACCGAGAUUUAUUCCUUCCACUGGAGCCUUUAUGCGCCGCUGCGGCGGGGAGCGCGAGACACUGGCCUGAGAGGAGAGAGAGAGAGAGAGAGAGAGAGAGAGAGACUGUUAUUGAGAUAAAACACACGGACAAUGGCGGACCGUGAUGCUCUGCCGCUUCCUCUGGAGGUGAGGGCGAGAUUAGCGGAGCUGGAGCUGGAGCUGUCGGAAGGUUUUUUCUCCUCUUUUCUCUGCAGGUGAUAUCACACAGAAAGGUUAUGAGAAGAAGAGGGCUAAACUGAUUGGCGCUUAUCUUCCACAGCCUCCAGGGCUGGACGUAUCAAUGGCACAUGAGCGCAGACCCCCCAUGGUUCCCUCUUCUGCCUCCCGUUACCACCGCAGACGCUCCUCAGGCACCCGGGACGAGCGUUACAGGUCAGAUGUUCACACUGAAGCUGUCCAGGCUGCUCUCGCUAAACACAAAGAGAGGAAGGUGGCUGUGCCAAUGCCGUCCAAACGCCGCUCACUGGUGGUACAGACUUCCAUGGAUGCCUACACACCUCCAGGCCUCUCCCCGCUCUCGUCUCUGCCCCCGCUGACAGACACGUCGUCUGGCUCAGAGGAGGAGGGGCUUCAUGGCGAGGGCACGCCCACCUCCAGUCAGGGUAGCGCCAGUAUGGAGCACUGGAUCAGCCGUGCCAUCCACCACGGCUCCACCACCUCGUCCUCAUCCUCAUCCACGCAGAGUGGAGGGAGUGGUGCCGCCGGCUGUCUUGCAGAUGUCCUCGCCCAGACGCACAUGGGUAAACCAGGGCCAAUCGCUCACCUCUCUCUGAAGAGGAAAACAAUGCUCGGUGUAGCUGAGAACGGAAACUCGCUGCGUCGCUCCUGUGAGUUCGGCUCUGAUCUCCUUUGGCCGCCACCCCUUGAGUCGGAUGGUCAGUAUGCCGCGCCCGCCUUCUCACCCCCAACACACACUCAUACCCCAAUGUACCCUGAUCCCCUCCACAACACCUGCCCCCACCUCCACCACAAAACACACUUCACUCAUCUCCAUCCUGGACAUUGUGUGUGUGUGUGUGUGUGUGUGCUCUGACCUGCAGCUCAUUUCAUGUUCCACGUUUGCUGUGUGUUUGUGUAAAACUCUG